GCAGCUAAGCGGUUACAACGAGUGGUGUUCAAUUGAAAAUUCAAUUUAAUUUCAUUAAAAUUUCGGUCGAUGGAUAUUUUUCCGCGUUGAUUAUUAAAACGACUUCAUUUGUGUAUUUCGAAUAACAUUAUUUUGGCACAUCAGUGCUGACAAAAACAACAAAACAAAUAAUUAUUUUACAUAAAAUUUUUAUACAAAAGCAAACCAUUUACUAUAUUGAAUUUUUGAAUAAAUUAUUUACUAAAUCUUUAAUUCGAAUGCGGUAUCAAGAUGCCAUCAACUGAAAUUCGUCGAAAUAACAACCACUUAUGUGGCUUAGCCAGUUGGCAUCCACUAUGGAUGCAAAAAUAUGCAACAACAAAAAUGUUCAUGGCAGUUUAUGGAUUACUGGGAACCAUUCAGGCGAUGUCGUAUAUGUAUUUCAUAGUAACAUUAACAACGAUUGAGAAACGCUUUAAAAUACCAAGUCAAACAACAGGAGUUAUUUUAAGUGGCAAUGAAAUAUCACAGAUUUUACUGUCUCUUAUAUUAUCAUACAUUGGUGGACAACGUAAUCGACCACGAUGGAUUGCUUGGGGUAUUGUUUUCUGUGGCCUUUCCUGCUAUAUAUUAGCUUUGCCGCAUUUCAUUUAUGGUGCUGGUGAAGAUGCAUUGCAACUAACAAAGGAGUACUAUGAAAGCAUGGAACUUGGUGGAAAUGUGACAAACACAAUCUCAUUGGUUAAUUUUACAAUCAAAGACCCACAACACUUAUGUGGUUCCAUCAUGUCUUCAAAUGAAUGCGAUACUCUUCUAACAAUCGUUCCAUUGAUAUUAAUAUUCCUCUCUCAGUUUGUGCUUGGUAUAGGAAAUACUCUUUAUUAUUCACUUGGGCAAACUUAUCUCGACGAUAAUACAAAGAAGACUAAUACUCCACUUAUGUUGGCAGUAGCGAUGUCCCUGCGAAUGAUUGGUCCAAUAGUGGGCUUUUUCCUAGGUUAUAUUUCUCUUAACAUGUUCAUUGACCCGACAAAAACUCCGCUUAUCGAUAAUACGGAUCAACGCUGGCUGGGUGCCUGGUGGUUCGGUUGGAUGUUUUUAGGCACUUUAAUGAUACUUUUUUCUGGACUAAUUGGUUUAUUUCCUAAAGAAUUACCAAAACGUAGAAGUGCGCAUUAUAACUCCCACUUACCACAAGUUUUGCGACAUGAAGAACUACAAGUUGAUGAGGGGUUACCUUUAGGUAGUGGGUUCUCCUCAAAUGCCGCAUUGGACACACCAACAGCGGCUACAUCUGAUUUUCCUACUCUCAAGGAUUUUCCCAAGGCAUUAAUGCGACUUCUGCGUAAUAAAUUGCUCAUCUUUAAUAUAAUUUCUGGUAUUUUCUAUGUUUUGGGCGCUGCCGGUUACAUGACUUUUCUAACUAAAUACAUGGAAGUGCAAUUUCAUAAGAACGCACAAGGUGCUACAAUUGUCGUGGGCCCAGUAUCUAUUAUUGGUAUGGUUAUUGGAUUAAUCGGUUCUGGUUUAGUAAUCUCAAAAAACAAGCCAAAACCGAGUAAGGUGCUCAUGUGGAAUGUUAUCGUAGGUUGUAUAUAUAUUGUGGGACAAAUCUCUUACAUGUUUAUGUAUUGUGGCGAUUCCCUAUCUGUACUCAAGGAUGGACAAGUCAAUCUUUCCUCUUCUUGCAAUGCAAAUUGCUCAUGUGAAGGUGUCCCUUAUUCACCCAUAUGUCAUGAACCUUCAGAUACAACUUACUUUUCACCAUGUCAUGCUGGUUGCUUAAACUGGAAUUCAGAAGAAAAGUUUUACUCUAACUGCUCUUGCCUACCUAUUGCGGAUACACAUUUACCAAAUAUCGAACUACCUACUUCACCACACUCAUUAAGCGAUUUUUCCACUACAAUGCAAAAGCAAUUACCACAUAUAUUGAAUGUACUCCCUAUCAGUACGGAUGGAUCUGUAAUAACAUCGUACCCUUCCGUAACUACUACAAAAUCAUUAAGUCACAUGUCAUCAACAACAACAACAACCACAACUACUACAACUCCUUCUACUACUACAACUACUACAUCAUCUACUGUAGAAUCUCUUAGCAGUAUAUUUGACGAACUGACAACAGAACCGUUUAUUUCACGUACUAGACGCAGUUUAGAAGAAAUGUCAGACAACCUUAAGCCCGGUGUCUGUCUUAAAGGUUGUAGUACCAGCUUUUGGGCCUUUACCAUAGCUUCCAUGAUAGUAAAUUGGGUGGGUUCAUCUGGUCGAAUCGGCAAUUUACUCGUGAACUAUCGUGCAGUAUCCACGAAAGAUAAAUCUUUUGCUCAAGGUUUGUCUCUUAUGAUGGUGAGCUUGUUCGCACUAAUACCGGGUCCUAUUAUAUUUGGACGGAUUAUAGACUCAACAUGCUUAGUAUGGACCCAAACGUGCAACGGUAAAGGAAACUGCCAAUUGUAUGAUCAGACAACAUUCAGAUAUUAUGUCAACAUACUGGCAUUUUCACUAACUGCUUUCGGUGUUAUUUUUGAUGUUCUUGUCUGGUAUCACGGCCGUGAGUUGGACUUAUAUGGUGACCGGGACACCCAACGUUCUCAAGAAAUGACUCGUAGAAAUAAGCCUAUUACACCAUUAUUAGCGCGAAAAUAAGAAAUCGUGUAGUUAUAAUUUUCAAAGUGCAAUUGAUAUAGCUAGGUACUACUUGAGUCAAUGUAUGCAGGGUGACAUAUUGUAACCCAGAUACAUUUUAGUUUUAAGGUUUUGAAUUUUUAACGUUAACACUGUGUAUAGCCACUAAAAAUUUGCAAGUUAUGGAUGUGUUGCACUUAUAGAUUCCUCAUUUCCUAUUUAUAAAAACUAGAAGAAUUCUGUACUACAGGGCCCCAUUUAUUAUAUGUAUGUGUAAAAUGAAAAGAAUUUUUAUAAUUUUAUAUAAAAUAAUAUUUGUUA